AUGAGUCGGACCACCUUCUUUGAGGUGAAGGUCCUGGAUGCCAAGACCAAAGAGCAGCUUUGUUUUUUAGAUAAGGUGGAGCCUUACUCAACAAUAGGAGACAUCAAAAGCCUUUUUCACAAAUCAUAUCCUUACUGGUAUCCAGCAAGACAGGCGCUGAAGCUUGCUCCUAAGGAAAAAUCACUCAGAGACGAGGAAAUCUUGCAGAAUCUACCAGUUGGGACUACUGCCACCAUGUACUUCAGAGACCUUGGACCACAGUUAGGUUGGACAAUGGUGUUUCUGGCAGAGUGCGUCGGGCCCCUUCUCAUCUACCUCCUCUUCUAUUGUCGAGUACCGUACAUUUACUCACACAGCUAUGCCUUUACCUCCAGUCCUCUUCCUGUUGUCACACUAGCCUGUGCCUGUCAUACCUUCCACUAUAUGAAGAGGUUGAUAGAGACUAUCUUUGUGCAUCGUUUCUCCCAUGGGACCAUGCCUCUCAGGACAAUAGUCAGGAAUUGUGCCUAUUAUUGGGGUUUCUCAGCUUGGUUGGCCUACUAUAUCAACCACCCUCUUUAUACACCUCCAUCAUAUGGAGAGCUACAAGUUAACUAUGCAUUAGUUAUAUUUGUGAUGUGUGAACUGGGCAACUUCUCCAUUCACUUGACUCUUAAUAAUCUCAGAGGAGAUGGAUCCAGGGGCAGGAAGUUCCCUAUGCCAACCAAGAAUCCCUUCACAUGGUUAUUUUUCUUUGUAUCCUGUCCAAAUUAUACAUACGAGGUUGGAGCUUGGGUGAGCUUUUCCAUCAUGACCCAGUGUCUGCCAGUGGCAUUGUACACAUUAUUGGGGUUCAUUCAGAUGACCAUUUGGGCCAAAGGGAAGCACAGAGCCUACAGCAGGGAGUUCAAGGACUAUCCCAGCUUUCGGAUGGCCAUUAUUCCCCUGAUUCUCUAA